AUGACUUUGGACACAGCGGCUUUACCCUCGCCGCCAGAUUUUGCGCCGUGGAAGAAUCCCAACCGGCCCAAGUCCUUGGGUGGCAUGCAACCAGGUACUGAGCAAAUCGGCAGAUCGGAUGCACGCCAGAAUGGCAACAAUGGCCCUUCUGGACCACCACGAUUCCCCAACAUCAAAGAUUUACAGGAUCAAGCGGCAGCCUUAGAUUUGAAUGAAUCUACUCCGUUGGAUAUACUAGUGGGAAGAGCGCAGGAAGCAAUUGGACUCGCAAGGAAUUAUGCCGAUAAUGAAGAGCUGGAUAAGGCAUAUGUGCAAUAUCUACGUGCUUCGGAGAUCACGAUCAACAUUAUACCUCACCAUCCCGACUACCGCGUCACCGUCAAUCAGAGCCCAGCAUGGUACAAACAAUUCGCCAAUCUCAUGAUGGCCGUGCGGACGAAGCAAGGGACGAUGGACGAUAUCAAACAACUAAUCUUGGAGGAUAACCUGGCCAGCAACACACAACCUAUGGCUACAUCUCGCCACGGUAAUUCGGGGCGGCUAGAGUCGGCUUCUGGGACGCAUCAGGGCGCGAGUUCUCGAGGCCGUCAAAAUGAGAUGAGUGACAGCUCGCUACGAAUGCCGAGCCCUUCGGAAUUUCAAAGAGUUCCUGCUUUGCAAGCGAACCCGAACCGAUACUCAGCCCCUGCGGACGACUUGCUUGCUCAGCGAUUCGCUAAACUAAGAGCAUCACCAUAUCCCGCCAACGGUCAAGGCCCGUUCAGCAAUGGGGAAAACGGCGCGGUUCACACGCCCUCGCCGCCUGGUUACUUGGGCGAUUACCCUCCUCGACCAUUGUCUUACAUACAUCAGGGAACGCGAUCAAAUUCAACCCUAAGCUCUCCCUCUCGACGUCCUUUGGGGCCCCGAAAUAUGGGCGCCACUCACAAUGUGCCCAAUCUGCCCCCCAAGAUCCUUCUCAAUACCUCUCUACCUCGCGCGCCUGACCCAGCCUACAGUCCAAUAUGGACCGUGCCUACUCAGCCCCCAUCAAAUCCGCCCAGAACAUCUACCGAAAGUUCGCGCCCAGCUAAUCCCCGAUAUUCACAGCUGAUCAACUCGCCACACGGCAGUCCCAGUCGUGGCUCAGAAGACAAUCCCUACCGCUCAACAACACCGAAUGGCAUACAUGCAAUUCGAGAAGUCAAAAGUAACAGUGCGGACUUACCGCAUUCCACUACCAUCUCUGCUCAAGCUUUGCUUGAGUACAUUCGAAAAUAUAAUAUCAUGCUGAUCGAUGUCAGACCACGAGAUCAAUUUGACAGUGGCCACAUCUACGCCAAAUCGAUACUCUGCAUCGAACCCGUGUCAUUGAAAGAGAAUGUAUCAGCAGAGGAACUGGAAGAGCGUCUCGUGGUAUCUCCCGAGCAUGAACAAUCACUGUUCGAAAGACGUAACGAGUUUGACCUCAUUGUCUACUAUGACCAGAGUACGGACUCGGUUAGCUACCUUGCUGGGUCGCCUGUUGGGACAACCGCUCCCCAUCUUCGGGCCUUGCACGAUACCUUAUAUGAAUUCAAUGCGUAUAAGCCGCUGAAGGAUGGACGGCCUCCAGCAUUGCUCCUAGGUGGUCUUGAUGCAUGGAUCGAUCUUCUGGGUCAGCAGUCUCUGGCCACAUCUUCCACAGCCGCGGUGAUGGGUUCGAUUCAGGCGAAGAGGCCCGCGAUGAGACCAGGACGACCGCUUGGAAGAGUACCGACCAUGGCAAGUGCCAAUUCCAGCCUCGAGGUUCGGAAGAGACGACUACGAGAGUAUAAGCCUCUGAAUCCGGAGGAGCUGACGGCAUGGAUGGAGAAGUCCAAGAACGAAGAGAUUGAUACUAGCACCUAUGUCGAUGAGGGGACGCUGACCGAAGAGCCAGAAGACGCUUCUGAACAGCAAGAGUCCCCGGUGACACCGUUUGUGCAUACCUACGAAGAUUUCCUGCGACGGUUCCCAGAACCCCAUGCCAUUCAGGAAUCGAUGGUAGGACCGCAUUCGCACCCAACGGCACCCUCAUCAACACCCAAUUACGCCGCCCCUGUGCCCGUGGUGCCGUCGCGGCCUCCCCCAGCUGUACCCCGUCCUAGCUACAGUGGUGUGUCUGAUGGUCGGCUGAUCCAGGCCCCGUUAGAGCGGCAGAGCUCCGCGACCAAGACAGCUCUGUACACCUCCAAUUCUUUGUUGAGCCGCCUGAAGCUCCCGCGAACGGGGCUGACCAAUUUUGGGGUAACUUGCUACAUGAACUCGACGAUUCAAUGCCUCAGCGCAACGAUCAUGCUGAGCAAGUUCUUCAUCGACAAUCGCUUCCGGUACUACGUCCAAAAAAACUGGAAAGGAUCACAAGGGGUCAUGCCCGGACUGUUUGCCAAUUUGAUCAGGUCGUUGUGGAAGAAUGAUGUGGAGGUGAUCAUGCCCACGUCGUUCCGCAAUUUCUGCGGCCGGCUGAAUCAGGAGUGGGCCAUUGAUCGCCAACAGGACGCCAAGGAAUUCUUUGACUUUGUGGUGGACUGUCUGCAUGAAGACCUCAACAUCAAUUGGCAGAGAACACCUCUUCGGCCGUUGACAUUCGAGGAGGAGAUGCAGCGGGAGCGCAUGCCCGUGCCCAAGGUCUCCAGGAUUGAGUGGGACCGCUACUGCCACCGCGAGGAGUCCUUCAUCUCCUCGCUCUUUGCUGGGCAGCAUGCCAGCCGACUGCGGUGUACAACCUGCAAGCGAACUUCCACGACGUACGAAGCAUUUUACAGCAUUAGCGUGGAGAUCCCCUCCACUGGCACGGGCGAUAUUUACCAAUGCCUUCGCAGCUACUGCCAAGAGGAGAUGCUCAGCGGGGAUGAAGUGUGGAAGUGCCCUUACUGUAAAUGUGAACGGGAAGCGACAAAGCAGAUUAUCAUCACUCGAGCGCCUCAAAUUUUGGUUGUCCACUUCAAAAGAUUCUCUGCCUCUAAGACGCAGAGCGCGCGCAAAAUCCACACGCCCAUUGACUUUCCGUUACACGGGCUUCGGAUGGAUGAUUUUGUGAUCUACCCCAAUUUGGGGGCGUCCUCUGACGGCCGGGUUGCGGGGGCGCCACAGGAGAUGAUCUCCGCGACGAUGCCGCCCUUCACGUACGAUGCGUAUGGGGUCUUGCGCCACAUCGGCUCCUCCAUGGGCAGCGGACACUACAUCUCAUUGGUGCGGGAUGCGCAACGCCAGUGCUGGCGGAAGUUUGACGAUGAUCGGGCGACGGACUUUAAUCCUCGUGACAUGCGCUUCAAGGACCGGCUGCAGAAUGAACAGGCAUACAUCGUAUUCUACGAGCGGGUUCCUGCCAAGUAA